CAGAAACAAAAAAUGAAAGAUCGAAAAGAAGGAGUACAAGUGGAAUAUGUGACUUCUCGACUCAUUAUUAUGUCAUGUACGGCUGAAACCAGUGAACGGAAAUUUGUGGAAUCCCUGUUGCCAGCCGCACAGCAGGUUCAGAAGGCACAUGGGAAACAUAUUAAAGUUUGGAACGUCUCCCAACGACGUCACGACAUCAGCUCUUCCCUGGACGCGAUCGCAUUCGGAUGGCCAUCAGAAACUGCUCCACCACUUGAGAAAUUGUGCACGAUUUGCAAGAAUCUGGAUCAGUGGAUGUUGGAACAUCCGUUAAACGUCGCUGUUAUCUUUUGCAAGGGAGGCCUAGAAAGAUGUGCAGUCGUUGUGAACGCCUUCAUGCGGUAUAAUGCUAUUUCUGCCACAGACGACUCAGUGGAAGAUCGAUUUAGUAUGCAGAGGUUUUCAGAGAGAUUUCUUGGGCCGGAUGGACCACCCAGCUAUAAAAGAUACCUUGGCUACUUUUCUUCCCUCCUAUCUGGUCGAAUUUCCGUCAACGCUGAACCCCUGUUCCUACAUUAUAUCAUCCUUAACUUUUUCGAACCGAUCAAUGUGUUUCUCAAAAUUUACGAGCGACUUGUGCCUGUAUACCAGUCAAAGACAGUAACCCUCAAAGAUGCAUCGAAAUUCGAAAUGGACGGAAGUCUGAAAUUGCGUGGAGAUGUCUUCUUCAAAUGUAUCAUAGCUGCUUCUUCGUGA